AGCACAGCGCGUUGUGAGUGGACAGGCGCGGUGCCUUUUUCGCGGAAGAUGGUUCGCUGAGGAAUUCAAAUGAUCGGUUCGUAGCCCGUAGCGUGGUUCCGGUGACGGAUUUCGAAAGGAGUUGGUGUGAACCUCAUAAAAAGGGGAAAAAGUGUAGUGGGUUGGCAUUCGAUUGACUAAACGUGACCCCGGGAACGUGUGCAGAUUAGCGAGGCGGACGUGUUGUCGAUUGUAGCGACCACGAAUCUGCUACGUUGGAGCGUGGGUGUCGUACGCCACAGCAACGAACGAGUCGAUUGUGUAACGUUUCGUAUGUCGUCGUCGAGGGGGAGGGUUGGUUGUUGAUGUUGUGUUUUGGAGAAAUCUGAUUCGGUGACUUUGGUUGGUGUUUUAGUCUUUCUGGGUAUAGUAUCUCAUCAUUAACGUGAAGCGACGCUGUUGGUGAAUUUUUAAAUUUUGAAGAUGUCGACAUGUGGGAUGUGUAGUGUACGUCAAGGUCAGUGAUCAGUGCGAGCACGUAGCAAUGUAUCAUCGGUUGCUGCUACUGCUGCUAGUGUUGUGCCAGCGUUGGGAUGAGAUGUGACGAGCAACGUGAUACCGAUCAGUGAUCUGCAAGUGCAAAAACACCCACGAGAAAAAUUGACGCACCAGAAAGCAAUGAACGAAUCAAUAAUGGCUCCGGUCAACGAGAGUGCACUGGCCACACCGGGCGAUGCACCGGGGAACGUCACGCACCUUAUUCCCGGUGCUGGUUCGAGUUCGGCGAGUCUGCUCGAGGCACUGGAUGGUGUAGCGGCGCUCUCCCUCAACAUGACCACCGCCGAACGUUGUCGGUUGCAGCAGCAGCUUGAGGAAGAACUCCCGGCCCCGGAUGGUGACUGUCCGACCUUCUUCGAUCUCGUGUCCUGCUGGCCCCGGACCCCACCCGGUACGCUGGCCGUGUUGCCGUGUUUCUCCGAGUUCAAGGGCGUCCAGUACGAUACCUCACAUAAUGCAACCCGCUUCUGCAACGACGAUGGUACGUGGGACAACUACACCGACUACGACAGCUGCCAGCACCUGGCCCAGGCAUCACCGGUGCCGGGUUUUGAGCCGGGCAUCGAGCUCCCGACGUUGAUCUACUUCGUCGGCUACUCCAUCAGUCUGGCCGCGCUCGUCCUCGCCGUGGUGGUGCUCGUCUACUUUAAGGAUCUCCGCUGCCUACGCAACACCAUCCACGUCAACCUCUUCCUCACCUACAUCAUGUCGUCGAGCCUCUGGAUACUCAUCCUAUCGUUGCAGAUUACCGUCAAGCUGGAGGGGGCCGGAUGCAUCGUGCUCGUGACACUCUUCCACUACUUCAGUGCGACCAACUUUUUCUGGAUGCUCGUUGAAGGUCUCUAUCUCUACAUGCUCGUGGUGCAGACGUUCUCCGGGGAUACGCUACGCUUCCGGAAGUACGCCAUCAUCGGCUGGGGAGGUCCAUUAAUAUUUGUCGGCGCGUGGGCCAUUGCCAAGCCAUUCUUUCUCUCCUCGGACCCGGACCUGGAGCAUCCGAACAAGCUCGAAAUAGAAUGCUCUUGGAUGAGGGAAUCUCACAUCGAUUGGAUCAUCCAGGGACCGACCUGUGCGGUGUUGGCCAUCAAUCUCAUCUUUCUUCUUCGCAUCAUGUGGGUCCUCAUCACGAAACUCCGUUCAGCGAACACGGUCGAGACGCGCCAGUAUCGGAAGGCAUCGAAGGCACUGCUCGUCCUGAUACCGCUGCUCGGCAUCACCUACCUCAUCGUGAUCUACGGUCCCAUGGAGGGCGUCGGCAGCCAUAUCUUCGCGACGACGCGCGCCCUGCUUCUCAGCACACAGGGUUUUGUCGUGUCGCUGCUUUACUGCUUCCUGAACUCGGAGGUCCGGCAAACGCUACGCCAUCAUUUCUACCGUUGGCGAGAUGAACGGAACAUACAGGCCGGUAAGGUACCGUCCUCGCAUCAUCGCAGGCCAACGUUUAGCAAAGACUAUUCGCCUCGUUCGCGAACCGAAAGCACACGGACGGUCGAGUAUAGCAUCGCCACCAUGAAGCACUCGUGCGCGUUCCGAGAUUAAACUUUAAUGGCCCAGCGAGUGUUAACGGGGAUGCUGCGUGUGGACGUAACACCUCAUGCUUGUCGUCGUCUGUACGUGUCUGGUGUGUGUGCGGCACGGAAAAGAAACUUUGCAAGAGCGAUGAGUCACGAUGUGCAAACAGGUUACGGGAAGGAAGGAUAUGUGCGUUCCGUUGCGAAGGAGAGUAAAUAAACAUAAAAUCCGUCCACGAACGUCGUGGAAUCGUGGUGGACGCGUAGCGCGGUUUUCAAACAAUUACACAAAGUGUAACGUGAAAUAAAUUAGAGAAGAGGACCAUAAAAAAUCGAGCCGAUGACGAUGCAGCGAAUGGCGUAAUGGAACGAGUGGAGGAGAAGUAAGGAAGAGUUGGUAAACCUUUGGAAGAAGGUCAAGAUGGACCAUAUUUGUGUCAUCGUUUGGAUAAUUUUAGCAUCAUAGUUCGUUCGUUAUUUGAAACAAUUAAUGUAACAAAAGGUGUAUUUAGAUAGCAAGCAGAAUAUGCAACGAAAGAAGUAAACAAUCAAGAAAAUUAGAGCGUAUUUAAAAAAAGGGGCACACAAUCAGGCAAAUUAUUGUAAUGUAAGAAAUAAGGUUCUUGCAUGUACGCUGAUCAAAACAUGUUUUUGGAGUGAUAUUUGUGGGCAAUGCUGGAAUGCUUAUGUAACGAAUCAAACUGUCGUAUCUAAAGCAAUUUUUUUUCGCCUUUCUUCAAAUGUGUAAACCAGAUAAUCAAAAAGGAACCUUUUUUGAUUUAUGUACUUUUGGUUAGGCCAGUUUCGAACAAUCUUUGAAAGAGUAUACAUACCAGUAUAGUUAGGAAUCGAAAACGAGGUUAAAGCGACCUGAAAAACAUUUAAAAAGAGGUUAAAAGAGAAAUUUAAACUAAAAACAUUGUAACUAACGCUGCAUUAGUUAGGAUGUUACACGACCUGUUAAAUUCUGUCACAAAUUAGCCCGUGUUGUAUUUAAUCGUCACUUCCAUGCCCACCCUUUGCUUCCUUGCUUUCAUUUCGUGUUGUGUUAUAUGGAUUUUUGUAAAUUAUUAUUGGCAGCUGGUCAGUUAGCCAACCAGCCAGCCCUCGCUAUUAGCUCGUAGCUCACAAUCGCAACCCAAUGAGAGACCAAUCAUGUCGCAUCCCAUUCUCAUAAUGUUUCAUUCCAAUGUCCCUUGCC